AUGGCGCUGAGUGGCGCAGUGGUUCGCCCCAAGACCGCGACUCCCAGCGCUCGAGUGGCGACUCCCAGGAGUCCCACGCUGAAAAAUGCCCAUGCCGUUCCAAGGCGAGCGUCCCGCCUGGCCCGGCAGCUCCUGGCUCUUCUGCCGGUAGCCUCCAUGCGGAAGCGAAAGCGGAAGGUUCUGGGUCGGGAGGAUGAGAGCGCAGAAGCCGACGAGGACACACCGGUGGUGUUGACAGACUCUGUCUGUUUAAUCCCCGGCGGAGAGCCAGUGGUCCGCCUCGAAGAUGCCCCAGGGAAUGCCCGCAGGGAAGCACAGCAGGGCACGGCGCAUGGCGCAUGUUGUGGAAAUCAAUACUUAGAUGGGCCGCUUGUGGUGUAG